CGGCUGAUACUUCGGAGGCAGAACCCUACUCAGGAAGCAUAUAUUGCCUUCAAAUUAAGUGAAACCAAAUUCAUUGUCAUAUGUCAACUUGCUCUCUCUCUCUUUCACUUCACUUCACUUCACUUUUGUAUGCGUACUUUCUAUCUAGGGUUUGCUUAUUAUUUCGGUUUGCUUCACUUUUGAAGUUCUUUUUCCUUUCAAAAACUAGCUAUUCAGUUUUGGGUUUCUGGCUUUAGUUUGUUUUAGUUUCUAGUUGGAUUGAAAGAAAUACAGAAGAAAAUCCUUAUAUUCUUGCACAAGCAUCUUAUAGACAUACUAUUAUUUUUUUUAGAUUUGACAAGGGGAAAGAAAAUAAGGUAUGGAUGAGAGAAAUGAAGCUGAUAAGAUGGACGAAGUUAUGUUACCAGGUUUUAGGUUUCACCCAACGGAUGAGGAGCUUGUUGGGUUUUAUCUUAAAAGAAAGAUUCAACAACGGCCUCUAUCUAUUGAACUUAUCAAGCAACUUGACAUCUACAAGUAUGAUCCAUGGGAUCUUCCAAAGUUAGCGACUACUGGAGAAAAGGAGUGGUAUUUCUACUGCCCAAGGGACAGAAAAUAUAGAAAUAGUGCAAGGCCUAAUAGGGUUACAGGAGCUGGAUUUUGGAAAGCUACAGGAACUGAUAGGCCUAUAUACUCUUCAGAAGGGAACAAAUGCAUAGGGUUGAAAAAAUCCCUCGUUUUCUACAAAGGUAGAGCUGCCAAAGGGAUCAAAACAGAUUGGAUGAUGCAUGAGUUUCGUUUGCCUUCUCUCACCGACUCAGCAUCACCAGCCAAGAGAUUUCUAGACAAAACUAUUCCUGUCAAUGAUUCCUGGGCAAUAUGCAGGAUAUUCAAGAAAACCAACUCCACAGCACAACGGGCACUUUCUCAAUCUUGGGUUUCUUCAAUACCUGAAACCGCACCUUCAUCCUUCCUUGCUAAAGCAUCACAAAAUACUCAGUUCUGUUCACAAAACACGUCUCUUACUACGGACAUCUCAAACUACUAUAAUAAUGAGAUACAGCAAUCUUUUGUUACUAACUUCUCCCCUUUAGACUUUUCCUCCUUCAAGCCUUUAAAUCCGUUAUCAAGCAAACUCUCUCAUAAUCCACAUUCCAUUUCGAAUGGAGACCUACAUGGCAAUUUUUUCUUUUCACAUCUUGAGACAUUAGCUCCUUCAAAAUGUACAGUUGAUGUUUCUUCUAUGCUGUUAAACAUGUCUUCCUCUGUGCUUGGAGAUUUUAGUAAGGCUGCUAAUGAUCACCAGAGUAGCAUAGACUACGGCGGCGUACCACAAGAUCACUGCAGUGAUUUCUCAUCAUUAACUUCUUUCCCACAAGCAAUGCAAGUGAAUAAUGCCAGUCACGGAGAUGAGAAUAUGCCGUUAAAGAAUCCAAACGCGAUGACGAAUAUUGAUGAUCAAUGGGAGACAGUCCGUUCUUCCGUUGGAUUUCCCUUCAGUUUGCCUAUGAGUAUGGGUACUGAUGCAUGGAAGCAAAACUUGCUUUGGGAUUCUUCAUCAUGUCCUAGUGAUCAGAUAUCCACAAGUUUUGCCACUGCUAAGUGCUAUACUUGAAGUCAUUAAUUAAUAUAUAGUCAUAAAACUAUUGACUACUAGCUUUCUUAAAGUUAAUUAGGCUGCAAUUUAUGUUAGGUAGAAGGAAACAAAAAUUCUGUUAAUUUACAUUAACAUAGAGAAUUUUGUUGUAGGUUUUGAAGCAUUUUAGAAUUUUGUAACAAUAUCUGAAACCCAACAAUCUUCAAGCAAUGGAAAUCAAACAGCAAUGUCAACUUUCAA